CAUUGUCAUUAUCAUUAUAGUUAUGGGGGUUGAGGUAUUAAUUAGGGGGUGAAAGGAGUAAAAGCUGAAUUAUAAACUUGACCCAGAUGUAGGCCCGUAUAAAGGAAGAUAUUGGCUUAUUAUCUUUGUUCCCGCCAUCAAAGACCACGCGAAAUUCGUUUCGUUACUGGUAAGCUCUCCGUUCAUCGCCGUGGGAAAGGUUUAAAUCAACGACUGCAGCGAAGUACUGUUUUCUGUAAAGCAUCAUGUCAAAUAUUACAGUAUGCGCACGCUUUAGGCCUUUGAACUCAAAAGAGAAGCAAAAUGACAGUAACUCUGUUUGCAUUCGAUCUAGAGAUACCGAAACUUUCAUUUUCAAGGACGAAAAGGAUGAAGAAUCCGUGUUUAGCUUUGAUAGAGUGUUCUACGAACAGUCUGAGCAAGCUGAUGUCUAUCAGUUCCUAGCUCUUCCCAUGGUUAGAGAUGUUGUUGAUGGAUACAAUGGGACAAUUAUCACUUACGGCCAGACUGGAGCUGGGAAGACAUAUAGUAUGGAGGGACCUGGUAUACUUGAAUGUGGUGAACAGAAGAAGGGACUUCUUUCAAGAGUUGUAGAGGGACUUUUUGAUUCCUUAAAUUCUUCUGAUGAAAAGAAAACAUAUUCGAUUAAGUUGUCAAUGGUUGAAAUCUACAUGGAAAAAGUGAGGGACCUAUUUGAUUUAUCAAAAGUUAAUAUACAAAUUAAGGAGAGUAAAUCGCGAGGAAUAUUAUUGCCCGGUGUUACAGAGAUUACUGUGCUGGACCCUGUUGAAGCAUUGCAAAACCUGUCUAAGGGGAUAGCUAACCGGACAGUUGGUGAGACCCAAAUGAACAUGGCCAGCAGCAGAAGUCACUGCAUUUAUAUAUUCACAAUUCAGCAAGAAUUUUCCAGAGAUAAAAGGUCGAGUUUCGGAAAACUAAUUCUAGUGGACUUGGCUGGGUCAGAGAAAGUGGAGAAAACAGGAGCAGAGGGAAGAGUUCUAGACGAAGCCAAAACCAUAAACAAAUCCUUGUCUUCUCUGGGAAAUGUAAUAAAUUCUCUUACAUGUGGUCUGCAAGGAAAAACAAGCCAUAUCCCGUAUCGUGAUUCCAAGCUCCCUCGAAUUCUUCAGGAUGCUCUUGGAGGAAAUGCUAGAACUGCAUUGCUUUGUUGUUGCUCACCCAGCGCUUUUAAUGCAUCCGAGAGUCUGUCCACUCUUCGUUUCGGUGCAAGGGCGAAACAUAUAAAGGCGUCGCCUCGCAUGAAUUACAGUGAAGAAAAAAGUGAUACAAGUUCUAGUGCUGCUUCUCCGUCUGAUGACGAGUCAAGCGCCAGAGUUUUGAACAAGUUGAGGGAGAAAUUUAAUGUUGAAGAUGUGAAGUUCCUAGAGGAAUUGUUCAUACAAGAGGGCAUUCUCUUUGACCUUUCAUCUGUUGAAGAGGAGUCAGACAUAGAUGACCUCACUUUACAGAUGAUAUCCUUGCUGCAAGCAGCCAUGGAAAAGCUUACAGCUACUGUUGACGAGCUUAAAAGGGAGAAUGGCAUUCUCAGGGCCAAAGUUGAUGCCUCCACGGAUUCUCUAUUCUACAAGGGAGCAGAGAAUAGUUCCAUUUUUCAGAAUAUGAUUUCAGGUAUCCUGACUUUCUUUCUUCGUUGGUCGGGUUACACUUCUUCAAGACGCUGGCAGUGACUACUCAUUCUUAUAUGAUGCCUUGCCUCAGCGGGGCCUUUAAAUACUGUCAAAAUAAUGCAUAGAAAUAAUAAAGAUGCCUCAUGCUGAUUCACUUACUGUUGGACAUUUUGGGGGCUGGCUAAUAGCAUAAUAUAUGAUGAGAUGGCCAAUUCAUGGAUUGUAUCACAAUCGAUAGCAUUGUUAGUGAGCCUAUGUUUAACCCGAAAAUUGUUUUAUAUGAAUAAUAAUUUGCCAU